AUGGAAACUCGUGCAGCUGCUAAGAGAAAGGCAACUGCUGCCACAGUGGUUGUGGUUGAAAAACAACACCCCAAAAGACAGCGUGUUGUGCUGGGUGAACUUUCAAAUUUUCCUAGUCUUAUUGUCCCCGAGUCUCAAAAUCCACGCAAAGAGAAACUGCAAUGUCGGAAAAAUCCAAAUUUAAAGAAACCAUCAUCCACGAAAUCCACCCUUUCUUUCUCCCAGAUUGACCAACCUUAUGUUGCCGACAUCUAUGAGUACCUUCAUGCAAUGGAGAUGCAGAGGAAGAGAAGACCAAUGGUUGACUAUGUUGAGAAGCUUCAGGGAGAAGUUACAGUAACCAUGAGGACAAUAUUGGUGGAUUGGUUAGUAGAGGUAGUUGAAGAGUACAAGCUUCACUCGGAUACUCUUCAUCUCUCUGUUUCAUACAUAGAUAGGUUUUUAUCGGUUAAUCGUGUCAGUAAAUCAAGACUUCAGUUAUUGGGUAUUUCAUCCAUGCUCAUUGCUGCCAAAUAUGAGGAAGUUGAGCCACCCCGUGUUGAUGCAUUCUGCAAUAUCACUGAUAACACAUACGACAAGGCAGAGGUUGUAAAGAUGGAAGCUGACAUACUCAAGUCUCUAAAGUUUGAAAUGGGAAAUCCUACUGUAAACACCUUUUUAAGGAGGUUUGCUGAUGUUGCUUCUGAAAACCAGAAGGCUCCAAAUUUAUUGGUUGAAUUUCUGGGCUGCUAUCUUGCUGAGCUAAGUUUGUUGGACUAUGAUUGCUUGAAAUUUUUGCCUUCAAUUAUGGCAGCGUCGGCUGUAUUUCUUGCCAGAUUCAUUAUCUCGCCUGAAAUGCAUCCUUGGGCACUCAAUGUUGAGAACCUAUUGCAGACUUCGUCCUUGUGUGAAUGCGCUGGUUACAAAGCAGUUGAAUUGAAAGAGUGUGUCCUCAUCUUGCAUGACUUGUAUUUGUCAAGAAAGGCGAUGUCCUUCAAAGCUGUUCGGGAGAAAUACAAGUUCAAGUUCGUGGCAAACAUGCCUUCUCCUCCGCAUAUACCAAGUUAUUACUUUGAAACUCAGUGA